ACAACUUGGUUAUGGCAUUGCCGAUUUGGACAUCUUUAUUUUGGUGGGUUAAAAGCUUUGUAGCAGAAGAAGAUGGUAAAUGGUCUUCCUCAUUUUGAUUCUCCUUCAGAAAUUUGUGAAAUCUACGUGGUCAGUAAACAGCAUCAUGACAGCUUUCCUAAAGACAGAUCUUGGAGAGCAAAGCAGGUGCUAAAUUUGGUUCAUUCUGAUCUGUGUGGACCCAUAAAUCCAACAUCCAAUGGAGGUAAACAAUACUUUAUUACCUUUGUUGAUGAUUACAGUCGCAAAACAUGGGUGUAUUUUUUGCAGACCAAGUCAGAAGCCUUAGCGGCCUUUAAAAUUUUCAAAGUCUUGGUUGAGAAUGAGGUGGGCAGAUUUGUAAAGGUUCUGCGUACAUAUUGUGGUGGUGAGUUUAAUUCAAAGGAAUUUGCAGAUUUUUGUGAGUCCAAUGGCAUUAAAAGGCAACUCACAGCAGCCUAUACACCUCAGCAGAAUGGUGAGUUUUGGCCAGAAGCUGUUAAUUGGAGUGUUCAUAUCUUGAAUAGAAGUCCCACAUCUCCACUUCCAAAUUUGACGCCAGAAGAGGCUUGGAGUGGACGUAGACCUGCUAUUGAUUACUUCAGAAUUUUUGGGUGCAUAGCAUAUGCACAUGUGCCAAAUCAGAAAAGGAGUAAGCUUGAUGACAAAGGGGAAAAGUGUAUUUUCCUUGGUGUUAGUGAUCAGUCCAAAGCUUAUAGAUUAUACAAUCCUUUAACCAAGAAGGUCAUCAUUAGCCGUGAUGUUGUGUUUGAUGAAGUAAGCACUUGGUCUUGGACAGAAAAAUCUGGGCAACAAAUUCCUGCAGAUUUCGAAAAUGGAGAAGAUCUAACUGUGCAGAACUCAGAAGGAGUAGAGUUCAGUAUUGGAGGAAGUCUGCCAACAACACCAGAACUGGAAUCUGGAACUAGUUCCAGACCUCAACGCAAAAAGAGAAGACCAGCAUGGUUGGAAGAUUAUGAGGUAACAGAUUUACCUCAAGAUGAUGUUCCAGUUAAUCAUUUUGCUUUAUUUGUAGAUUGUGAUCCAUUGACAUAUGAAGAAGCUGUUAAAGAAGAAAAGUGGCAAAAAGCCAUGGCAGAAGAAAUUGGUUCUAUUGAAGGGAACCAGACUUGGGAGUUGACAGAUAUUCCAAAAGGGCACAAAACAAUUGGUGUUAAGUGGAUCUACAAGACAAAGCUCAAAGAGAAUGGGGUGGUUGACAAAUUCAAAGCUCGCUUGGUGGCAAAGGGUUACAAGCAAGAGUUUAGCAUUGAUUGUCAAGAAGUUUUUGCUCCAGUUGCAAGGAUGGAUACCAUCAGAUUGGUAUUUAUUGAUCAACCUCCUGGUUAUGUGAAAUCUGGUUCUGAGCAUAAGGUUUACAGAUUGAAAAGAGCAUUAUAUGGACUAAAACAAGCACCUAGAGCUUGGAUGGAUACCAUCAGAUUGGUGAUUGCAUUGGCAGCACAGAACUCAUGGUCGAUCUACCAACAUGAUGUGAAGCAUGGAAAUAUGCAAGAACAGGUAUUUAUUGAUCAACCUCCUGGUUACAUGAAAUCUGGUUCUAAGCAUAAGGUUUACAUAUUGAAGAGAGCAUUAUAUGGACUAAAACAAGCACCUAGAGCUUGGAAUGAUUUUGGCAUGUUGGAAAAGUUCAAGCAGUCCAUGAAGCUUGAAUUUGAAAUGAUAGAUCUGGUUGAUAAAGGUGUAAAGCUCGUGAAAGAUCCAGGAGGCAGAUCUGUGGACAGCAAACUGUACAAGCAGAUUGUUGGAAGUCUGAUGUAUCUGACAGCAACAAGACCAAAUAUAAUGCAUGGUGUAAGUUUGAUUAGCAGAUAUAUGGAGCAUCCAAAGGAGUUGCACUUGCAGAUUGCUAAAAGAAUUCUCAAGUAUUUAUGUGGAACUGCAGAUUUUGGACUAUUCUACAAGAAGGGUGACCAGACAGAUCUCGCAAGCUUUACAGACAGUGAUUAUGCUAGAGAUCUGGAUGACAGAAAAAGCACUUCUGGGUUUGUUUUUAUAUUGGGAUCUGGUGUAAUUUCAUGGUCUUCGAAGAAGCAACCCAUUGUGACUUUGUCCACAACAGAAGCGGAAUAUGUGGGAACAACUUCUUGUGCUUGUCAAGCUAUUUGGUUGAGAAGAAUUAUGGAAGAACUUGAGCUAGAUCAACAUAAGGCCACUUCAAUUUAUUGUGAUAACAGUUCAACUAUCAAGCUUUCUAAAAAUCCAGUUUUGCAUGAGAGAAGCAAGCAUAUACAUGUGAGGUAUCAUUUCUUGCGCAACUUGGUAGAAGAUGGAACAAUUGAGUUGAUUUAUUGCAGAACAGAAGAUCAAGUGGUUGAUAUAUUCACAAAACCCCUCAAAGUAGCAGCUUUUUCAAAACUGAGAGAGUUACUUGGUGUUUGCAGCAUGCAAAAUUCAGUUUGAGGGAGGGUCUGCAGAUUCCAAAUUGCAGAUUUGUAGAUAUGGUGUUAUCCAGAAUUUCUUUAAACUAAAGUCUGAAGACUUUCAGUUUAAGGGAGGGAUUGUUGGAAAUUAAUUCCUAUUAUUUAG